AUGUCAUUCUACACAGUUACCAAGAUCAUCCUCUUUCUCGCACUCUGGGGAGCUGGAGGGUUCGCCCAUAUGCAGAUGAGCAAGCCGCUUCCCAUUCGAAGUCCUCUGGACUUAUAUCCCACCGGGCCUGUGGACUACGGUUAUACCAACCCAUUGAAUGCGUCCGGGAAAAAUUAUCCUUGUAAAGGGUACGAAAAGGAUCCUUUUUUCUCUCGGGCAUUCUAUGUCCCGGAGUCGUCAUACGAAACCAAGAUUCAAGGACAUGCACCACAUGGAGGAGGCUCUUGCCAGCUUUCGCUGAGCUAUGACCAAGGUCGGAGCUUCAGAGUCAUUCAAUCCAUGAUAGGAGGAUGUGAGAUCUUUAUCGCAAACAUCAAUGGUGAAGGGAAAUGCGUUACUUUCGAGGAACAAGACGUUAGCUUCCCUCUUCCGGGUCCCAAGGUCAUUGGGAAGUCUGAUUCCAAGGGAUACAAUUGCACUGAAGAUGCUGCAUUUCUGGACAAGAGUCCAACUAAGCAAGAUCCCAAUCCUAAGAACAACUCAGGCCAGAUAUCGCUGCAUGUGUCCGACCUCAAACUACAAAUAAUCCCCAUACUUUUCUGUUUGCUGCUAAAUUAG